AUGGACGACUCUCUACCAUCGAACAACAUUUGGCACGUAGAUUAUAAUGCGACUGUAGCUAAAGACGCUGCCAUGGGAUGGCAAGGUAUGGGUUUUGUUCUAGGUUUUAACGGCAUAAUGUUUCUCGUGGCGCUGGUUAUUUUUCAAGCGGGUGCACGUAGUACUCGUUUCAGUCUCUUUCGUUUUGGUACGACUUCUAUUGUAUCAGCAAGUGCGCAAGAGGUGGCACACUUUACGCUUGAGAAAUGGAAAGAUUUACUAUGGCGUACACCAAUUCGAAACACUGACGUUGAGCUUCGACUUGGUCCCGAAGGCACAUUUUAUCUAUUGUAUCUGAAAUACACUGCACGGUUUCUAGGCGUUCUGAGCAUGAUUGCGAUGCUUGUGCUGCUUCCUUUGUAUCUUACAAUCGGAGCAAAUGCCAUGAAUCAAGUCGAAGCAGCUGCAGAAGCUGCUGUUGAGGAUAUCCAAGCUAUUGCCGAUAAAUCUGUUCAACAAAGUCUUGAUCUAUUUGCGAAAGAAAAUGCUGUUGAUUCUGCAGAUACUUUGGCUAAUGGUAGUGCAUCAAGUCAAGAAGAUGGUGACAAUAAAUGGUGGUCGUUUGCACAUGCUACGAUUCGAGUAAUGCCACAUGAGUCGCCGUAUCUUUGGGUCCCCGUCGUCAUGAGUUACUUGACGACAUUUGUGUUUUUAGUAUACUACCGACAAUUGAAAGCAUUAACGACCAUUCCGACGCAUAGUUUGGAACAGAAGACGAAACAUGAAUUACCUCAACGAUCGUCAUCUAGUCUAUCAUCGGUAGGGCAGACAGCAGGAGAAGGCGACAAAAGUCGGAAGACUGAACAAGAGAGUAGUAUGUUGGAAGCUGUCGUGUUGUCAACGACUGAGAUUGCUGAGAACAAACCUUUGCUUGACAACAAUUUAGGCAAAGAUAAGCACCACGGCAAGACAAUGAAACGCUCACCUCUUAUUGGGAUGCAGCCAUCGGCACUUAGUAAUCGAUCUCUGUUUGUUAAUCGUGGAUUACCAAAAUAUAUCCGUGAACAGCGCGUAUUGCGUCUACUGGAUGAGGUUUUUCCUGGCUACGUUGACGAGGUGUGUGUAGUUUAUAAUCUAGCUGAAUUUCAUAAUCUGCAAGCUCGUCGUCGUGAAGAAGAAACGCAACUGGCCCGUAUGAAGAUCCUACAUGAGCGCGCGCUCAAUGGUAAGAAACCAUCGUGGUCACUUCGGUUGUUGCCUGGUACCGUCAUGCUGCCAUCUUUUCGACUGCUUCUCGGCAACUUGUUUUGUUGUUACAGAUGGUGUGUCAAGACCAUACCAAUGGAGGAACAGGUUGCGCAACGUGUGAAUGACAUAAAAAAACUUCGAGAGCAAGAAAUGGCGUGCCUCUCGCGUAUUUUACAUGAAAACAAAGGUGCAGGUCGUGCGUUCAUUAUCUUCAAGUCUGCACGACUUCGAGCUCGUUUUGCUCGUCGCGUUCGUAAUCAAAGUAUCACGUCUAUCUUAGCUCGUUUUCCAGAACAUAUCCAGCCGCGAUUAGUACGCUAUGUGCGUGAACUGGGUUUGACUCGAUGGCACCUGGAAGCAGCUCCUGAACCUGACGAUAUUGACUGGCAAAGUGUCUCGUUUCCAUUUGCCAAGCGUACAGUUGUGGUGAUAUUAGUAAAUGUCUGUAUUCUUGUGGUUCUGCUUUUAUUUACGUCUCCAAUCGCUGUCACAUCCGCCAUAUCCAGUAGCUCAUCUUACUCGACAAGUGCUGCUCAAUCGCUAUCCGACCUCGUGGCACAUCUAGGCGAUUUGUUGAAGAAAGUUUCUCCUCGUAUGGCAAAAUUGAUGGCAAAUUACAUUCCCACGCUCAUCCUUGUGAUGAUCAACGCCGUGCUAUUAAAUGUUCUUCAACUUGCUGGUCGUAUUCAACCCAUUUCAACCGAUUCAGCCAAAGAACGUUUGAUCUUACGGACUGCAUCCGUCUACUUGAUUUUUAACACUAUUUUUGUACCAAGUUUAGCGUUCAUGUCAAUUGAUGCCGUGCUCUUGUAUCUCGAAGACGAUGGAGAGGUGCUUGGAAUGCUUGGUACACUCUUUCUUCAUAAUUCUGGCAUCUUUUACGUCGACUAUAUCCUCCAGCGUUGCUUUCUUGGGACAGCUCUUGUGCUACUACGAGCUACUGAGUACAUUAAAUUUUCUUGGACAACAUCACGUGCUUUAACGCCUCGGGAAAAGGUGCAGGCUGUGGAAGCAGAUCAAUUUUAUACUGGUACACAAUCAGCUACGCAGAUUAGUACAUUGACAAUUGUGCUCAUGUUUAGUACCGUUGUCCCACUCAUUCUUCCGUUGGGUACACUCUACUUUUUAAUGCAGCACGUUGUGGACAAAUACUCGUUACUUCAUGUUCGGCGUCGCAUUAAAGGACGUGGUAGCAUUGCGCGUACUGCUACGCAUGGUACAUGUGUAAGUUUGUUACUAUACCAAGGUGCGAUGAGUGGUUUUAUUCUCGAACGUGGGACCACAGCACAAAGCACUGCCAUCUUCGUACUGCUUAUGGGAACAUAUAUCGUUGUAUUAUGGGGAUAUGUACGGGACAAGGAGCAACAGCAUCGCAUGAUUGCUCGUGGUGGACACCAGCGUAUUGAGACUAGUCCAAGUCUAGAAAGUACUGGCAUGUCCAUUAAAGAAGGUGCAUUUCCUCUGAAUAUGUUAGUUUCGGAUGAAAGUGUAGUAAAUACAAGCAACGAGCAUGGUGAGCCUGAGAAAGCACCAGCUGGAGAAGAAGAAGCUUUACCUACUGAGUCUCGACGUUUACUCGAGACUCUCAACGAGACAUCACCAUUGCUCAUGUACCCAAUAAAUAGCGAAUCAGAUGUACUUCCAUGUCUCGACGCUAACUCCAGUGAUUGGUAUCGAGAGCCAGCACUACGUCAAUCUAUGCGCAUGAGCUUUGGCCCGCAGGAUCUUGGUGACUAUGGCACCUGGCGUCAGGUCUAG